CGUUGGAUCAUACUGGUAAAAGGAACUAACGACGGUUAAGAUUCAUUGACUUAAACCCCAAGUUAUGUGACAUUUUUCUCUCUCCCUCUCUCUAUUCACUUUCUUCUUCAUCAAUCUCUCCAUUGAUCUUGAAACACCACUGAUAGAAUUAUGGAUGUGUACUUUGAAACUCAGACGAGCACAAAGUUUUACAUUGAAUUAGGUUACUGGGACACAGUGUUGGAGAUCAAAAAGAAGAUCGAGAAGUAUCAACGUAUCUCUGUUCCCAGACAAACCCUUUUCUUCCGAUGCAAGGUUCUUGAAGACGAUCUUGAUAUCGAACAAUGCAAGAUUCUCCAAGACUCUCGAGUCCUACUCUUCGUCUCUCCGGACCCUUGUGACCCUAAUGACGGCAACGAUCAAGUUCUUCAAACGGAGGAAUCUCCUAUACCGUCAAACUCAAUCGGAGAUCUCAUUUACGGUGAGGAUUUGCCUUUGACAACUGAAGUUGUCUUGAAAAUUCGACCUUUUUGCCCUGUUGAAACCGGUGAAAUCAUUUACGUUCAAGAUUCGCCGGUGAGAAACAACGAUCAAGCUCCACCGUCAGACGCAGCAAAACAGAUCAUCAACGGUCAUCAAGAUUCGACUGUGACGGCUCAUCAAGAACUUCAAACCAAGCAAUCUCCACCGUCAGACUCGGUUAGAGAUCAUUAACAUUCAAGAUUCGUCUGUGAAGGUGAGCAAAAACAUGAAGAAGAUAGUAGUAACAAUACUGGUGAUGCCGAAUUCCGCUGAGAUUAGUCUUUCUUGAAGCUUUUAUUAGUCUUUUCUUAUAGCUUUUUGUUUUUCUUGAAGUUUCUUGCUUUGUUCCAAGUUUUCUUUAGGUUUCUGUAUAUAUUCUAUGACAUGUAAUUACCAAUAAAGAUUUGUUAGCUGGAACUUGUUGUUAUUGAAUAGUUUUAAGUUCUCUGCAUUCUCCAAAAAACAUUUCCGAUCGGAUGGUCUAUAUCAUAUUCUUCACAGAAGGAAAAUAGCACAUCGCCACAUCAAUGACAUCAUAUCAAACAACACAACCAAUAUGACUUAAAAGGUUAUUAGAAAUCUAGUAAAGAUCGAAAGGAGUUUCGUUGAAUGAAUCUCCCAAUUUCGGAUUGAACGAGAAAUUCUUUCUGAUCUAAUUAAUCACCAGUAGAUAAUUUUUAUCUAU